CCCGCUCCCUUCCCCGGCAGGCGGCGGGCCCGGAAGCGGAAGCGGGGUGCAGAGCCGUGUGUCGCGGCGGCCAUGGCGGGCGGGCUGGAGCCGCACAUGGAGGCUCUGCGGAGGGAGCUGCGGGCGUCCGACCCCACCGUGCUCUCCGUCCUCCUGGCGCUGCUGGCCCUCGUCAUCACGCUCUUGAUCUGGAGGUUCGUGCAGGGCAGGAGGAGCAGCCGGAAGGCCGUGUUGCUGCUGGGCCUCUGCGACGCGGGGAAAACCUUGCUCUUCGCGCGGCUGCUGACCGGCAGAUACCGUGACACCCAGACUUCCAUCACUGACAGCUCUGCAGUUUACAGAGCCAGCAACGACAAGAGUGCUAGCGUGACCUUAAUCGACCUUCCAGGCCACGAGAGUUUGCGGCUUCAGUUCUUGGAGAGGUUCAAGGCUGCAGCCAGAGCCAUCGUGUUUGUGGUGGACAGUGUGGCCUUCCAGCGGGAGGUGAAGGAUGUGGCAGAGUUCCUGUACCAGGUCCUGGUUGAUAGCACCGUGCUCAAAAAUGCACCUGCACUGCUGAUUGCUUGCAAUAAGCAAGAUGUCACAAUGGCAAAAUCAGCAAAACUUAUUCAGCAGCAGCUGGAGAAAGAGCUCAAUACCUUACGAGUGACACGCUCUGCAGCCCCCACCAGCCUGGAUGGCUCAUCCACUGGGGCCCCUGCCCAGCUGGGGAAGAAAGGAAAGGAUUUUGACUUCUCCCAGCUACCCAUGAAGGUGGAAUUUGUGGAGUGCAGUGCUCGGGGCAGCAAGGGAGAGGAAGGAGAUGCUGACUUUGAGGCCCUUGAGAAAUGGCUGGCCAAGGUUGCAUGAAUGGAGAGGAAGAGCUGGAAGAAAAGACCUGGGGAGGCUGAGGGACAGGACUGAAAGGAAAGAGCUGGUUGGAAGCACUCCAAAUCUCACCUUGCUGUAGAAAGUAGAAACUUAAGAUGGAAAUCAUCAUUGUGUUAUUUCUCUCUGCUGCUCAUGGGCUUGGGAGCAACAUGGCACAAUUGCUGGUGUGAUGUCCUCUGCCUGUUCACAAAGCAACAUUGACUUUUUUCCCCUCCACUCUUUUGUCUUCCUCUGGGGUGCUCAUGCUCUGGGCUUAAUCUGUUUCCUUAAUCUUUGGCUUUUCACUUGAUAGUUGUCAAGUAAAUUAGGAAAGAGUGCAUUGCCAGGUGAGUUUUACAUUGGAGCCUACCUGUUGUCUCAUUCUGGUUCAGCAGUGCAAUCCUGUUGUGUCUUGCAGCUGCUGUUCACCUCGUGAUUUGAACUGCCUUCCCUAGCUUCUCACUGCCUGGGAGCACUGUGCACAUCACCUCUGCUGCCUUGGCAAAGUGCAGAGACUCUCAGUUGGGAGGUCAUUGAGGAGAGUAUAAAAAGCUGUGUUCUGUGUCUCCUGCCUUCCUGUUCUUUCAGCUUGAUGUGUUCUCCUGUCUGUGGGGCUGGUGUGGCUGUCUGCCCUGCCUUGGUCACUGCUUACUGCCUGUGUCCAGCUGCAGUGCCUGUGUCUUUGGGUGAUUCCCACUGUUCUUCAGAGCUUUUCUUAUUCCACUCUGAUUCUCCUUCCCUUACUUCAAGCUCUUUUCUCAUAGACGUGUAUGCACUCUCCAAGUGGCAGAGUUUUAGUAAAGCCUUAGCAUGAAACUGGGUUGAUAGCAACAUCAAAUGUAAAGAACAGCAUGGCAGACGUUUGCCUUGCAGGCCCUGUCUCCUGCUGCAGUCACUGCAGUAAGAUCAUCUUUUGUGCAGCAGUUUUGGCAGAUUGAGAGGGAAGGCCAAGGAGCUGCUGGUACACAAGUGUGAGUCCUCCUCCUGAGGAGGAUGCUCAAUGAAGAGGGGAAAGAAGUGUGAGAUUUUCCCCAGUUUGUUUUCAUUGGUUUAUGGUGUUUGAAGCCAAAAUUGUCACUGUCUGUGAUCUCAGCUGUUAGACUUAACAGUGAAGAAGAAUAGGAUGCCUGUCGUUGUAGCUGUCUCAGUGGCUCAGUAGGCUGCUCGUAGUGUUGGAGGGCAGUGAGUCAGUAUAUUUCUGGACUGUCCAAAGCACAUUUGCUCUCCUCCUCCCCAUGUUCAGGCCAGGAGCAUUGGUUAUCCAAAGCAAGAUCUUCAGCAGCGUUCAUGUUUGUCAUGUGAGACACAAGACCCUGGUACUGUCCUGUGCAUCCAACUUGUCCUUUCUCAGCAGCCUUAAAACACAGUUGCCCUGUCAAUGAGCUUUGUGGAGCUUUUUUGCUCUGAUAAGGUGUGCAGCACCUAUGUGAGGGUGAUCACUCUCCACACUGCAUAUUGCAGAGUCCUAUGAGCAUUGAUAUUUUUCCUUGGCUUUUGUUGCUUCCCUUUUUGUUUCAGAGUAGGAGGAACAGGCCAGCUCCUGGUGACCUGUCUGGUUUGAUGCUUCCUUCAUCACUCAGCUGAUCUCUUGUGUUCUUUUCUGUAUGGGGUAUCACCUGUUCCCCUGUAGCAUUGCCAAGUGUUAGUACUGUUGGGAAGAGCAGGAAUAGUCUUUAGCAAAGACCUGUGCUUGUAAUAAAGCUGGGGCUUACAUUUCUAGUCUUGUGAACCCAGUGACUCUUCCACACUCCACACAGGAGGUGGAGAGGGUUGUAUUUAUUAAGUAUGUUACAUACUUUCCUGCAGCCAGAGUAUUGUGGCAAAGUGUUUGUCAUGAUUCAAACUUCUUUUAGCUGAAGAUCUUUCCUAGGCUGCCUGCUUUGCAUCUGUAGUACUGAAGUGAGAGUGCUGUUGUGCCUUUGGGUAGUUGUUCUACUUGCAAAGACCAGUCUCCUUGAAAAGUAGAGGCCAAGCACCACCCUCCUGCCAUAAGGGGGAAAGGUAGCAAAAGGCUGUGGUUGGCUUCAAGUUAUUCUUAUUAAAAGCAUUCCUUAAUUUUCUUCA